CGUGUCACCUAUAAAUAAUGCAAUAAAAUCACACUUCUUGACCCAUAUUUAGCAUCAGAUCCUCAGUGAUACCUUUUGAAUUGCCUGAUUGUUUGGAAGUUCAUAAAGCAACCAAUCAAUGGCUAGUGCUGUUCUUCUUGUAUCUUUACUCCUGAUUUCUUGUUUAGCAGCAAUCUGCCAUGGUGCAACCUUUUCUUCUCUUCAGAAAACUCUAGUUGUCACUGCUUCACCGAAAAAUGGACAAGAUCUGAAAGCUGGGGAAGACAGUAUAACUCUGACCUGGUCAUUCAACACUUCAUUUCCAGCCAGGACAGAUUCAGCCUAUAGGACAGUGCAGGUGAAGCUUUGCUAUGCACCCAUCAGCCAACAGGACAGGGCCUGGAGAAAAACAGAGGACAAUUUAGUUAAGGACAAAACCUGCCAACACAAGAUUGUUGAAAAGCCAUACGGUCCCUCAAACAACAAUUUCACCUGGACAGUGCAGAGGGAUGUGCCGACUGGUACAUACUUCGUCCGGGCAUAUGCUUAUAACUCUGAGGAAGAAGAGGUAGCCUACGGCCAGACCACAGACACUCGCAAGACUACCAAUUUGUUCCAAGUCGAGGCAAUCAGCGGACGUCAUGUCUCACUAGAUAUUGCCUCGAUUUGCUUCUCCGCUUUUGCAGUUGUGUCUUUGUUCGGGUUCUUCUUGUUGGAGAAGAGAAGAACCAAUAACUCCCAAAAAAAGUGAUACAAUCUUACGAGUACUUCUCUUUUAACUGUUUAUAUCAGAAUUGUGCAAUAGAAAACUUCUAUUACAUCAUGAUGGAUGUUGCUUGAUUCGAUAGAUGGAAGUGUUACUUAGUAAAUAUAUAACAUCUUCAGAUAAGCACUUUAGCUUUUCUUUGCUCUGGAUUUAUAUUUCACUAAUAAAAGUAAGAUAGUUUAUUUCC